UUACCUAUUUCCAGAGUGGGUUUGUUUUGACAAGUAGUCUCGCUUUUUUUUGGUUCGUUUUUCCAGAUUUGCAAUGUCUGGACGUGGUAAGCAAGGAGGGAAAGCUCGGGCUAAGGCAAAGUCUCGCUCCUCCCGUGCCGGUCUUCAGUUCCCCGUGGGCCGAGUGCACCGCCUGCUCCGCAAGGGCAACUACGCCGAGCGCGUCGGGGCCGGCGCGCCGGUGUACCUGGCGGCGGUGCUGGAGUACCUAACGGCCGAGAUCCUGGAGCUGGCGGGCAACGCGGCCCGCGACAACAAGAAGACGCGUAUCAUCCCGCGCCACCUGCAGUUAGCAAUCCGCAACGACGAGGAGCUCAACAAGCUACUGGGCCGCGUGACCAUCGCUCAGGGCGGCGUCCUGCCCAACAUCCAGGCCGUGCUGCUGCCUAAAAAGACGGAGAGCCACCACAAGGCCAAGGGCAAGUGAUCUGACAGGGACCUGAAUUUCCCGAAGUGCUUUAAAACCCAAAGGCUCUUUUCAGAGCCCCCCACUACUUCGAAAGAAGAGCUCAUAUCGCUAUAUAAAGCUAAGGAGUAAAAGUAGAUGAAAGGUUUCAAAAGCUUCCCACUACAAAGAGAUGCCUGUCAUACUCAUCAAUUCUCAGAAAUAAAUGGAUAGAUGGCAUCAAUGUUCUGACGUCACUGAUUGAUUCUGCACCUGCAAAUUUUUGUCCUAUUAAAAACUUAACCUGGAUUUCUUUCUUUGUGUACUGUGUACCUUGAAGAUAAGGAGAGUAAAGGAGGAAGUAGUGGGAAGUAUUUCUGCAGAGAAACUCUCUUUAGUACAAAAUGUGUCUAAUUUCUUGAAUGAGUAAUACGUUUAGAAGAUUCAAACAAAUAAAAAUAACAAGGUAUAUAUUUAUAAUCCACUCCUUGACUGGAUUACUCUGCUGUUUCCUAGGUAACAUUAUUUUCCUUGUGUAUCUGCCCAUUGUUAAUUCAUGCUGAUGUGAGUCAAGAAUGAAUGUGUUUUCUCUCCCCCACCCUUAGCUUUUAUUCUUAAGAUAGCAGACGGUAUAAACGUGCUCUUUUCUAUAAUGAUAUACCUUGGAGAACUUUCCAGCUGUGAACACAGGGGCCUUCCUGUACACCGUCUCAUGGUAUUGUGCUGUGUGGAUGCAUCACAGUUUAUGUAACUUGUCCCCUCUUGGUAGGCACAUGAAACAAUUCUGGAAUAACAAACGCUGAUGUACACCAAAAUGGAAAUUGUUCUAAUUUUCUGCUGGGAUAGUGGAAAGUGAACAGAAAUGCAGGUCACUCAUGGAUUGGACUCAAGGUUCCUUCCCUUAAAAACUAUGGCAUUACCCAAAAUAAGUCAUUUUGAACCUCGGGUUCUUCAUCUAUAAGAUGGAGGUAAUAUGGUACCUUAAGUAAUUAUGAGAAUGAAAAAAUUGGAGCUUUGAAGACUAGCACAAAUAAAAUUAUUUAAUUUUCAA